UAGUGCCUCUCAGCGUCACUCAUUUUCGGCGACCCAAAUUCUGUCGCAAUUUCCACCGCUUUAUCCGUUGAAAUACACGAAUACCAGAGGUGACAUCGGACAGUGGUAAAGACGCAAGUGAAUUAGUUGCACAAAACAAUAACUGUGCCAACACUAGAUAACAGUGUUUUCUUUUCUUCGAAACGUUGGUGGCGUAAGAUUUGGGAAGGAAUAUUGGAAGAACUACAGAAUUGCAGCAUGAUACUCAAAUAUGGCCUUAUACUUCUGAGCCUUCAUACUCUGGUACCAAAAAUCUGUGGGGAUGACACACAGAAUCUCCAGGCAUUCAUGGAUCUAACUAAAUUCGAUUAUGCAGAGCAGUGCGAGCAUGUAGCUGACCAAAAAUGGAGGUUCAUUCAUAAUCCACAAAAUGAUACACUUCUUCAUGCUUGGGAAGAGGCAGAGAAGAAUUAUGCAGCACUUAAGAAACAUGAGGUCGAAGUACUCCAGAACAAUUCACAUGUUGAGUUGACUGAUUCCUUUGUGGAGUAUCAAUAUUACACGCAACUAAAACCAGGGGAUGCUUUGCUCAAUACUUCUAAACUGGACCAGUUGAUAUCAUUUUCUGCAAAGGCGACUUUCCUGGAAAUGCGUGCCAAUCAGACAGAUGAUACUCGAGAAGAAAUCGAGUAUUUGCUAUCAAGUAAUACAGACUUGGAACGCAAGCAAUCUACAUGGACCCAAUGGCAUCGGCGCUUCUCACCGGUCCUAACUGAUUUCUCAUCCACACUGAGCUUCGUUUCUGAGGCAGCAACAGCCAAUGGUUUUGACAGUGUAGAAGAUUAUUGGGAAUUUCUGUCUGUAUAUCCUGGUGGAUAUGAAAGUAUACGAAGUAUGUGGGGAGACAUUACUGAAUUGCAUAAUAAAGUCGUAACAUUCGUAAAAAAUCGCCUGGCUGAAAAAUAUAAGGUCAAAUUAUCUGACGACGGGAUACCGGCAUAUUGUUUGGGAUCCUUGGAUGGCAAUGACUGGAUUCCUCUGGCAUCGGAUGCACUGCCAUAUGGAAAUGUUACAUACAGCAUAAAAAAGAAGCUUUGGGACAAGAAUCUUCGUGGCAAACUUGUAUACAGAUCUGCUUCUGCAAUCGGACACACUUUACUACAUGAAGUGCCGUAUGCUAGUUUCUGGGAAAAUAGCAGAUUCAACCAGUCUUGUUCCACCCAGCUUCUGAACUUUUGCGACAGAGGCACAAGAGUUACGACAUGUCACCAAGCAUCCCUUACCAAUUUUCUCACUGCUCACAAAGUUGUGGCCAAGGUUUUGACUAGUCAAAUAGGUCUUGCAAGCAUUGAAAACUCACCAUUCCUUAACUCAGCAAACAGAUAUUCAGGUCUCGAGGAAGGUAUUUCGGAAUUGUUUUCUAUACUAUCUGUGAGUCCUGAGCAGCUACACACUUUGGGCCUUAUCACUAAUGACACAGAUACGGAUCACUCUCAAAUCACUUCGUUAAUGAUCACCGCUCUGGAUGUUCUUCCACGCUUGGCAUACUACAUUUCAGCAGACCUUUGGAGGAUAAAUAUGAUAAAGAAUGGAACUUUUGAACCAAAAGUUCUUCUUGAUUCGUGGUGGCAGUACAGAAAACAAUACGAAGGAGUGACAACCGAUCAUACAGAUAUUCCCACAUUUUUGGAUGACGAAUUCAUCACUAGCAACAAACCUUAUCUGCCAAAAUUUCUUGGAACGCUGUUGGCAUUCCAAAUUUAUGAAUAUCUGAAUGAGGGGCGGUCGGAAGUUAGGUACGACAAUGUAGUAAACAAUCAUGUCAAUGCUGACAUCAUAAAUGCUAUUCGAGGAAGUGCAUCUGACAGUUGGAAAAUAAUGAUAAACAAGUAUUUAGAAGUAACAGAGGUAAAUUCCGACGCCUUAUUAUCAUACUUCCAACCUCUGCUGGACUAUUUGAACAAUGAACCAGAAGAUAUGUAUUCCAUGACUACUGACCAACAAUCUGAUAUCGAACAUCUGGAAAAAUUAUAUGCAUCAAGCGAUGUCACUACUACAGCAAGAACUACAACUGCUAGAAUGCCAAAACCAAAAGAUGUAAAACCUUCAUCCAAAAAAAUUAAUACUUCUACUCUUCCUCCUGAUACAUUUAUUGUACCGGAAAAAGGAAAAAAAGACACCGUGACACCAAACGCCAAAAUCAUUCCAGAACAAGAAAAGCCAAAAAUUGGAGAAAGUGAAUACACCGAUAAAAUAAAUACCAGCAAAGCUGUUUGGGCAGUAGCAGCAGUACUUAUAGCCACUGUCGCAAUUUGUGUAAUCGCUAUAUUUGGGAGACGAAGAUGUGUAAAAAGUCAAACGCCAAAGAAUAGAAGAUAUGUGUGAUUAGGAGGUGUAUUUUGGUUGCUUGUUAAAGGUUAAAAACUGUAUUUAAGUAGUCCUAACGUACUGAGCAACCUUACAUACAUAUAUGUAUACGUAACUAUUCAACGAGCAUUGAUUACACCAUGACGCGAAACUAUAUUUAUACUAAACGUUAUUGCCUAGCAUUAAAGUUAUACAUUCCUGCGAGCGUCAUGUGGUAAUUUGAUUUUUUAUUCAAAUGCAUCACAAAAAUGCGUCAAUGUUCCGUUACAAUUUGGUAUGCAAAAGACUUGUGCUCAUUUUAUUUCAAUAGCUAAGGAACAACAACACAAUAACAAAAGUCGUCGAGCACUUGUGACCUUUAAAACAUUAUCUACGUGCUUCCACUGUGAUAUAUUAUAAUGUUCCAGUAGAAUGUUGUCUUCCACCGUAAAUGAUAGCGAAGAAUGAAUUUUAGAAAAUAUUGUGCAAUGCCGGUACCAGCAUCACAAUCAACUAUUGAAAAUCCCACGGUUCAAAAUGAACAACCUGUAGUUAAUUUAUUGAGGUCAUCUUAUUUGUGGGUCCACACUGCAGAACUAAAAAUCUUAUAGAGAAAAAACAUCACGCUACAGGCAUAAAUAAAAUGUAUUUGUCAUACCUCACGGAUUGAAUUGUGUGUUACAAGUUUACCAUUACAACACUGGAGCAUUUAGACUAAUGUAAUCUAGUUUCGUCAACUGUCACUUGUCUAUGUUACGUCGAAUUAGAAUCCACUUCUACCAACUAUGUAUGGGUAAAACAACGAUGAUGUUCAACUUGAAUGACCACGUAAAAUCAUUUUUUUCUUGCCUAUUUUUCUUAUCUAAUUUAUUUAAUCGUUUUAUCGAUGUAAAAAUGUAUAGGACUGAUGUCAUACUUCAUCGUUAAAACAGUAUCGAUCUCAAAUGCUAAGGAAGAGUAAAC